UCCCCCAAACACCCAGCGCAAGUUCACGUCUGGCAGAGUUGCUUUCCAGCUCCUGCAGGCUGGAGUCGGCUCACCUGCAGUAGGCACUCAGCACAACUCUGCGAGACCGGCUCACCUGCACCCGGCACUCAGCACAGCUUCCAGCAUGCAGAGCCUCCCCACUGCCACCCGGGCCACCUUGAUCCUCGGCCUGGCCUUUGCCUCCCUCCACUCGGCUUGCUCGGCAGAAGCAAGCAGCAGCAACAGCUCAACCUUGACCACUCACCACCCAGACCCUGGGACCCUGGAGCUGUGCCUCAACGUGGACUUCUGCCCACAAGCAGCCCGGUGCUGCCGCGCAGGAGUGGACGAGUACGGCUGGAUCGCGGCGGCUGUUGGCUGGAGCCUCUGGUUCCUCACCCUCAUCCUGCUCUGUGUGGACAAACUGAUGAAGCUGACUCCAGAUGAGCUCAAGGACUUGCAAGCAUGAGACCCAGGCUCGGUGCACAAAGCAGUGAUCGCCACCAAUUUGUGGCUAAUGGGGAAGGGGAGUAGGGCUAACAUGGUUUCUAUUAUUUAAGUCGUUUUCACUUUUAAGCUUCAGUUGCUUUUACAAGGGAAAGAAGAAACAGCGGGAGAACCAAGUGAGGCAAGCCACUGCUGCCCUUGCAUGCUGCUCCCAAGGGUGCCUGGGCCUUCUGAGCCCAGGUGACUCCUCUCUCAAGAUAGUCCUUCUGGAAUUUGUCCUGUUUUAACCUUUCUUCUAGGCACCAAGGGAGGUGCACAAGAAACUAUAAGACUUAGUCUCAUCGUCAACAUGUUCAGAAACAAAUGCAUAACCUUCUCACCAAAACCAGGUCAUUGGCUUCUCUCCCUGCUUGAGUCCCGGGCUUAACUGUCAUUUCAGAAUGUGAGAAUCAGUCAGGUACGGUGGCUCAUGCCUGUAAUCCUAGCAUUUUGGGAGGCAGAGGUGGGCAGAUCACUCAAGGUCAGGAGUUCCAGAUCAGCCUGGUCAACAUGAUGAAACCCUGUCUCUACUAAAAGUACACAAAUUAGCCAGGUGUGGGGGUGCACACCUGUAAUCCCAGCUACUUGGGAGGCUGAGGCAGGAGAAUCUCUUGAACCUGGGAGGCAGAGGUUGCAGUGAACCAAGAUCAUGCCACUGCACUCCAGCCUGGGGGACAGAGCAAGACUCUGUAUCAAAAAAAAAUGUGAGGAUCGGUCGGGCGUGGUGGCUCAUGCCUGUAAUCCCAGCACUUUGAGAGACUGAGACAGGAGGAUCACUUUAGCCCACAAAUUCAAGACCAGCCUAGGCAAGAUGGCGAGACCUUGUCUCUAUUAAAAUUUUUUUUAAGUUAAAAAUAAAAAUGUGAGAAUCCCCUUGACACUCCCACCAUCUUCACCCACCUCGGGUCCUUCUCCGGCUCUCCUUCUGGCUUCAUCCUGUCUUCUACGGCUCUCCUGUCCCACCCAUUCUCCCCACCGGUGCCCUAGGUCUGGCCUUCACUGCCUUCCCCUAGGGAUAUUGCAUUCUGUCCUCACUGCCUUGAGGAUCUUCCUCCCCAGCUCUUCACUUCCUAUGGGCAGCUGCCAGGGUAGGAGUUGUCACCUCCUGCUGGCAACAGUCAGUAGUUCCUAAGGACUAAAACUUCUCAGCCCAGCAUUCAGCUCUUUGUAGGAGUCCAUCUGUCCCCCAGCACAUGCAGGAGUAAGGACUCUGACUGGCCCACUCCUCAUCCUGGUGUCUUCAGCUUCCGGCUGCCAUUUUCUUGUCUGGGAUGGCUGCUUCCCAGCUCCACCUCCAGAAUCAAGGAUAUUCCUCCAAACCCAGUUUGAAUGCUUGAUCUGCCUGGAGCCUUCCUGGUCAUCCUCGGGUGACCUGGAGCUGGUGCUCUUAGCGCACUUCUGUUUCGCCCUGACGUGCAGCUGUUGUGAAUGGGCCCCUCCGUAGUUUAUCCUUCCUCACCCCACUGGGGCAUAGUACCCUAUGCAAGUUUGUCCAGCGAGUGCAUGGGUGAAUUAAUGAAUGAACGAACAAAUGAGUCUUUGCCCUAGAUGACUUAAGGUCCUCACUCGGCAUUAGGAGCCUCCACUUUUCUCCAGAUGGUUGAAAUAACCAGCCUCUGAAGGAGCCAGUGGUUUGGUCACUGCUCUCUCAAAUUACAGUCAUUGUCACUUAGCGCGGAGAGUGGACAUUGCACACUACUGUGAACCCUUGCAGAGGAGGGGAGGGCAGGUUUAUCAGAAGAAAGGACAAAAUGACUCCUUAUGAAGCAAUUUCUGCCCUCUGUGAGAAAACAUGUAUUUAGAUCAGACAAACUCUAGUCAAAAUACAAAAAAGAAAAACAAAAGACCUCUGAAAUAGGAACAAUCUCUCAAAGAGGCAAAUGACUCAAAACUGCUCAAUUGCUCUUUCAGAAAAUCUAAGUAAACUUCCCUGACAACAGAAACUGAAGAGGUUGCCUGGUUCAUCUUGUAGUCUUCCAAAACAGCAGAUAAUUUCUGAAUCUCAGAUGUUCAAUCAGUACAAUGGGAUGAAUUUCUUGUUCCUAAGUGUUAAAUGAUCACAUACAUAAAAGCAUCUGAGCCUGAGCAACAUAGUGAGUCCCUGUCUCUACAAAAA